GGUGGAACGAGAAAAGAAGCCACAGGAGCAGAACACUUGAAGAGGAGAAGACAGUUUGAUCUGAAGAAAAUAGUUACGCAACAAAGCUCUUUGGGAGAGAGCGAUUUUCUAGAACAAAGCCAUGGAGAUAGCAGGAAAACUUUGGGAUGCUGCUAUUUGUUUGUGCAAUUGUGGUAUAAACCACGCUGCCUAUAUUUUUAAGUUGGAGAAGAAUCUUGAAUCAUUAAAAAAAAAGGCAGAGGAUCUUAAAAGCACUAGAAUAGAUGUCCUUAAAAGAAUUGAGGACGCUGAGGGCACGGAUGAGAUGCAAAGGACAAGUGAAGUGAAUCGUUGGCUCGAAAAAGUUGAACAUCUUCAGAAGGAAAGAGAAGAUAUUGAAGAUCAAGCUUCUCGAGAAAUUGAUAAUAAAUGUAUAGGUAGUUUUUGCCCAAAGAAUAGUGUAUCAAGCUACAAGUUAGGAAGGAAAGUUGUGGACCUGCUCAAGGAGGUGGAUGAACUAUUGAACUCGGGAAAACAUUUUGUUGACAAGAAUAUUGAUAUUGCUUACAAGCUACCACCUAGGCUAGUGGAAGAGAUGCCUUCUGUUGAGACUGUAGGAUUGGAUGUGAUGUUCAACAAAGUCUGGAGUGCUAUUGAAGAUGAAAAUCUAGACGUGAUUGGUUUAUAUGGAAUGGGUGGGGCUGGAAAAACCACCCUUAUGAACAAAAUUCAUAGUGAAUUUGGAAAGAGAAGGCACAAUUUUGAUCUAGUGUUGUGGGUGGUGGUUUCUAAAGAAUGUGAUAUCAAUAAAAUUAUGAAUGAUAUUCGAAAGAGGUUGGGGAUCAAUGAUGAUGUUUGGAACAACAUUAGCCAAGUACAUGAAAGAGUGACAAAGAUUUAUCGAGUCCUGAAACAAAAGAAGUUUGUGCUAAUGUUAGACGAUAUAUGGGGAAAGUUGGAACUAGAAAAUGUGGGUGUUCCACUCCCUAAGGAUACUAAGAAUCAAUCAAAAGUGUUGUUCACAACUCGAUCUGAGGAUGUGUGUGCUAGAAUGCAAGCACAGAAGAAAUUCAAAGUGGAAUGUUUAUCAGAGAAAGAAGCAUUUGAUUUGUUUUGCAAAAAAGUAGGGGAAGAGACUUUAAAUUGUCAUAGUGAAAUUCCAGAGCUUGCAAAGGAUAUGGUUAAAGAAUGUGGAGGAUUACCACUAGCACUCAUUACAGUGGGAAGUGCCAUGGCAGGAGUGGAUAGCGUUGAAUCAUGGAGGCAAGCCAUAGGUGAUUUAACAAGUUCUUCUUGGAUAGGUCCUGAUUUGGAGAAGAAAGUGUUUUGUGUCCUCAAGUUUAGCUAUGAAAGACUGCCAGACGAAACACACAAAAAUUGUUUUCGAUACUGUGCAUUAUACCCAGAAGAUUAUGAAGUCAGCGUUGAUGAUCUUAUUGAUCGAUGGAUCGCAGAGGGAUUUCUUGGUAAAGGUAAGGCUAAAAAGGGUAUAUAUGAUAUGUAUGAGGAAGGGAAAGAUAUCAUUGCAAGAUUAAAGCUUUCAUGUCUGUUAGAGGGUAUUGAAGAUUAUGAUACAUGGUGGUUUGCGAUUAAGAUGCAUGAUAUGAUCCGAGAUAUGGCUAUAUGGUUAGCCCGUGAUGAAGAUGGGAACGAAGACAAAGUUGUAGUUCAGGGGGAAGUAUUAGCCAUGUCAGAAGUCGAUCCCGAAAGGUUGAAUGUUGUGGAAAGGAUUUCAAUUAUAGAUGGAAGUGGAAGUGGAAGUGGAAGUUGGAAAGUACCAGCUUGUCCAAAUCUGCUCACAAUGUGCGUACGGGGUAAUGUGGAGGUCACUGAUUAUUCAAAUCUUGAAUCCAUGACAAGGUUGAAAGUUUUAGACAUAGAACAUCAACAUCUCCCUAUAGAAAUAGGCAAGUUAAUCAACUUGGAAUUCCUCUAUCUGUCAGAUAUAAGAACAAGAGAUAUGUGGACAAUUGAUUUGAAGAAUUUGAAAAAGCUGAGAUUCUUGCUUGUGCAAUAUGCCAGACCUGGAAUAAUUUUGGAAGGGAUAGAAAGUCUUGAGCAAUUAAAGGUGUGUAGGCUACUUUUCACUCUUGGAAGGGGAAGUGCCGGAAAUGAGGAAGCAAUCCUAGAGAAGUUGGAGUGCUUACCAAAAUUAGAGGAAUUGUGCAUCAGAUUAACUAGCAUUACUGGCAUCCGUAAAUUACUUGAGUCGAUCAAAUUGGGGAAUUGCUUAAGACACUUUCUGAUUAAUGGAAGCAGGGAACCACUUGAAAUUGAAAUGACAUCAAUAUUAGCAUCUUUGUCAAGAAUGAAGCAUCUGGACCAUAUAGUUUUACGGCAUGUGGAAAACAUUACGGAAGGUUCAUACAUUGCUAACACUUGCCGUCUUUGCAACCUUCGUAGGGUGGAAAUUUCAAUGUGUGGUUCAAUAACUCAUUUGACAUGGCUGAGGUAUGCUCCACUUCUUGAGUUUCUUUGGGUUGACGAUUGUGAUUCAAUUGAAGAAGUGGUAAAGGAAGCCAAAGAUGAUAGAGACACCGCUAAUGAUGUAUUCCAAAGUCUUAGACAUCUCUCUCUUACUUGUUUGUCAAAACUGAAUAGCAUCCAUAAGAGAGCAUUGGCUUUUCCUUUCUUGAAAUUGAUUUAUAUUGAGGACUGUCCAAAUCUGAGGAAGCUUCCUUUGAAUUCCAACUCUGCCAAGGACAGCUUGAUUGCAAUUGAAGCACGUACAUCCUGGUGGAGAAAUUUAGAGUGGGAAGACGUAGCUGUUAAAGACCUAUUCCAAUCAAAACUUCGAUCUAUGAUAAAAGAAGAUGAGAUGGCAAUAUGAGAACCAUUAGAUGCUUGUUUGAUCCAAGGGAAAGCAGCUACUUGAAGCUUUAGUUUUAAAAAUAGAGUCUUUGUUUUUUUAAGAAGGGGAGAACGCAAAAUUUAGUUGAACUCAGUUUUUUUCGUUGUAAUCAGUUUUUACAUUUUUUUUGGAGCGCGUUAGUUUUCUUUGUAAGUUCUUGGAGAUACAUUCACAAGAAAGAACUUCAUCCUUGAAGGGAUUCAAGAGAAGGGAUAUUCGCGUGCAGCUUUUGGAUUUACUGUGGUUAAGCAUUUCUUUGUUGUAGCAACUUGAAUUUGAAGAAGAGAUUGGUCUGUUACCUUCUACUCUUACUGUUUUUGGUAUUUGUGAAUGAAAAAUAUGUU